AUGAAUAUAUUACCUAAAAAGAAGUGGCAUGUGCGAACAAAGGAGAAUGUUGCACGUGUUCGUCGUGAUCAAAAGAGAGCUAGAGAAGAAGAAGAAAGAGUAGCAGAAAGAGCUCAGCUGGCAGAACAGGAAUAUAAAGUAAAUUUACUGCGUAAAAAUGCGGAACGAAUGAACACGACAUUUAGCAGUGGAAAAAAUGAAGCUGAUGACAAUAACGCCCUGUUUACCAAUUCUUCCAGCCAUAUUAAUCUUUUCGCUGAUCUAGAAGAAGAGUACCGGAAGAAUUUAGGUGUAGGAAAUCGAGACUAUGAACUAGAAAAGAAAAAGGAAAAAGAAGAAUAUGAAAAGAAAGUUGGCAUCUUGCAAUACCUUGGACAAGGUUCCAGUGAGUUGAUGAAAGAAAAACCGUGGUAUGAAAAAGUUCCAACGAGAAAGGAAAGUGAGUUCAAAAAAUUGGAAAUUCCAACAAGGAAAGAAAAUGGAUUUACAAAUUCACUAGAAAUAUCAUCAAAUGAAGAAAAGUCAUCAGAACUGGAAGAAAUUUCAAAAAAAGAGAAGUUAGAAAAGUUAAGGCAGGAACGCUUGGAUCGAGAGGCAAAAGAACGGAAACGAUUUACCAAUCUGACAUCCCCAGAAAGCAAUAAAGAAGUGAUGCGAAAUGUUGCGAAAUACAAUUCACAGUUCAACCCAGCACUGGCACGACAGAAUCAAACCCGUUGA